AUGGGACACCGAGAACUUACACCGGUCCAUGUGCCACUGCGAACAUCGAGUCGAACCCCGGCCCGACACGAACCGAUGAACACCCAGGAACAGCCCCGGAUCGCAGACCGGCGAACCUCGAAAGCCCAAAGAUUUUUUGGAACCGAUAUAUCACUUCCCAAGGAACAUGGCGGGUGGCAGGAAGCCCCAGAUGUCCGCCGACCGAGCUUUAGCAAGCCACCCAAUAGUGUUCCUAGACAGAACAGCGGCUUCGUUCCCUUCCCGAGCUCUUCGGACAACGCCCUGAUUCCCGAUCAUAACCUUCGCGUGCGGGCUUCAUCGCCUUUGCUGGGCCAUGACUACCGAUCGUUGGAGGCUGCGCCGCCGCUUCCGAAGCCAUCGAAAAAGGUCCACAAUUCCAGUUCCUCGUCCACCCUUUUCUCCUAUUUUAGCUCAAAAGAAUCAUCCAAAUCGGUCAAAAACCAAGGACUUCAGCCUAGAGUACGACAUGGACUCAGCGUGGAGCCACAGGUGACAUAUACGCAGGCUCAGGAUCCACCAAAGGAAUCCAAGCGGAAGAUGCGUCCAAAAAUUGACCUCUCCGUUUUGUUCCCGAAGCCGCGAAAUCCCGCACCACCAACACUUCUGUCCCCCCACCGAAUGGUUAAUUCCCCUUCUCCCGUCUCGACAGUUGCCACGGAUUCUUCGAAAAUUGACAGGACAACAAACGGCACGAGUAACUCUACUACGAGGAGAUACAUCGAAACGCCUCACCGAUCUUCGCUCACCAAAAAUGGCACACACCCACCUAAGCAUGGUGUCGAUAAUUCAGAUUUGCCUUCGAUUGCCGAAAGCAAAGAUAGCGAGUGGUCGGAGCAACCACUUGAGCGGACAGUAGGAACGAGCGAGAUUGAUUUGGCCCUGGAUAGAUAUGCGGCGCGGCGAUCACUUUUGAGUCACUCAAGCAUGUAUACAAACAGCCGGGAGCAAUUGCAGCCAGAACAGCCACGCCCCCAGGAACCUCGAAAGAGCUCGAGACGUGGUCAUAGCCCGUCUCGACCCAAGGAGUCUCACUUGAGUCCUGCCUCAUGUCCAGAUCCAAAGCGUGGUCGCGGCAUGAGUACUUCUCAGGAAUCUUGGAAGACGACCGAGUCAAAGUCAAAGAGCGAGAAGAGCUUGUUGACCAAGAAGAGCAGCAAAAGCACCUUGAAAAACAAGGAUCUGCGAAACGUCAGUAUGCUUUGCCUCUCCUCUUCUUCGGAGGAUGAGGGUGAUGAGGACCAAACUCCAAUCACAGAGUCAAAGCGCAAUACAAACAAGUCUAGAAGAGACAGUGUGGCUACCUUUGGCGAAUACGAGCCUGAGGUCUACACGGCUUCUACUGCCCAGGCGACCACCGCCACGGCGGUAAGACGCUUUGACCGGACACUCUCGACUAGCACCCGUGGCUCCCACCAAACCGAAAAGAGCCAGCCAGUGCCAGCAGCUCGCCCACGAAAGGUUUCCGAGACCUCGAAUGGCAAGUCUUCUCAGACAACUCGACGAUCCACGCAAACUCGCCGUUCGAGUGGAGUUCCCACUAUCUCCGAUGAUAUUCUUGCGCAAUUCCCACAGCAGCCUCUCCGCUCUCCCGCAGAGUUGAAAGAGUUAAACAGGAGGAGUCGUGUAAUCGCGGUGACCCGCCAAGAGCAAGAUCUCCUCGAGGCGAUGCGUAUUCGAAAGGGCAAGGUCACACCCAGUUUGUUCAAUGCCCAGGGAGCGGACAGAAGAUCACUAGCCUCUGGCCCGUCGCGCGAUUCCUUCUGCGGAUCUGACACCUCAUUUUUGCGUCUCAGUAACGUUUUCCCGCCAUUCGACGUCCGGUCAGAAAAGAGCGCUAUCCAGUACAAAGAUGGAUCGCCCUCCCAAAGCUCAGGCUCAGAUAGUGAACGGAAACCCCGCACUGCCGCUUCCUCUUCUGGUUUCAGUGCAGACUACUCCGAGAGCUUGCCCUCCCCUUCCACCAGCGGUGCUUCGCCGCAGACCCCCACAUUGCCAAUUCAUCGAUUCUCGCCGCUUCUCUCUCCGAAGCCACCCCCAAGAGGCCCCCCACCUGCCAUCCCCGAAGACCAAAAGCAGCACACCCGCCGUCGCACCGAUAGUAGCGAGGCUAUCCUGCUAGAUGGCGGUGAGUCAAAACGCAGUCAUGAUCUUCCUCUCUGGUCUUUCGACUUUGAUUGGAACCAGGAACACACCAAUGUCGCUCCUGUGCACUGA